AUGGUCUCCGCCAAGCAGCUAGCGGACUUCGGGUACAAGGCCUUCUCCGGCUCCAUGAUGCUUCUGACCGUCUACGGGGGCUAUCUCUGCAGCGCCAGAGUUUACCGUUACUUCCAGCGCCAAAAAGCCCUGAAGCAGCUUGAACAGAACCCGCUAAACCCGGGGGCCAUGGAAGACUGAAUGCUGCUCCCUGGCUGACCGCCUGCUGAGAGACAUUUAAUGAGCAGCGCGGAGGCUGUGUUGAGAUUACUUCUGCUGCAGUAAUCAGGUAGCAAGUGCAACCCUUCCAGAUCACAGAUGAGGGCUAGCUUAGAUCAUCCGGGGUUUUCCUCCCGCACACGACGGUGUCUUGUUUCUCUGCACUAGCGAGAGGUUACAAAGUAACUCUGUGUAAGCAUGUUUUGAUCAUGUGAUAAUUAAAUAUUUUACUUAUUUA